AUGGCCGCGUCCGUGCUGACGAGCUAUGCCAUGCCGCUUCAGAUGAUCUUCCUGGAGGCCAUGGAUGUCGACGUCGUUCGUGCCAACCCACGCACUCAAGGGCUGCACUAUUCGACUCAGCGAAACCACACAUUAACGUUUGCUGGGUUUCUCCAAGUACUGAAGCACUAUCGUAUAUGCCCUGAUUUGCUCUCGCGGGCUCAGGUCCUGACCUUGUUCAAGUCAUUGGGCAUGCACCAUCCGUCCAAAAUGGAGAUGCACGACUUCAUGUCGGCGCUGGCCAAGUGCGCCAUCCUCGUUUUUUCCAGCGAGGAAUGGGAUCGCAAUUACCCAACGGAAGAGCAGAAGAUGCGAUUGCUGCUGCUGUGGAUGGACAAGAAUAGUCGGCUCUUCAAGGGCAAUGGGCGCAAAUUGUGCAAGAGCGUGGAGGGGGCGCCCGCCCAAGCUAGUCUUUCGCCAGCGCCUCACUCGUUAGACAGAUGGCUCACUCUGCCCCACAUUGAGCAGUUGGACACUAUCCUGCAGGCAGCGUUUGGCUACUAUUGUGCGGGCGAUUCCGAUGCCAUCACGAGCAUGUCAUUCUUGCGUUUUCUACGAGAUGUAGGGCUACGGGACGGCGUGAAUCUCCGCCUCGCCGAUAUUGACGUGAUUUUUCAUCAGAUUCGGGGCAUGCACAGAGCUGCGCCACUGCCGCAAACUCUCUGCUACGAAGAGUUUUAUGCAGCGCUUGGAAUGGUGUCAAGCCGCCUGUACACAACUACUGGGUCGUCAAAUCGGUGUUUCCUCCUCUUUAUGAACGAAUACAUCUUACCUGCGUUGGCCCACAUGCACCACAUGCACUUGCCGCUACACAACUACCAUGAUUCGUGGAGGGAGCGAUGGCAGCAGCUGUGCACACUCAAGCAAAUUCUUGCGUCUUCGGCAACAAAAGAGAUAUUUGAUUCACGGCCCACAUACGACUUAUCGGCAAAAAGGUACGCACACCACCUGCCGGGCAAUGUACACGAGAAGGACGAAGUCCAGCCCACCGACAGCACGGCGAUUAAUCCGGGGAGCUUGCCGCCAUCACCUUCCAAGAUUCAUCCGAUCACUCAGAUUCCCACGCCACGUCUCGAUCGGGUGGAUUCGGUAAUCCACUUGUCGCAGUCAGACCAAGUUGCACAACCACAUGACCUAUCUACCAGCAAUGCAUUACCAUCACAAGAGCAAGCACUGGAAUUGCAAGUGCUCGAAGAAUUGCAACAACUGAGUCUGCAUUUGAGGCAGAAACUGCGCUGUCAUCCAGCUCCGGUGUGCGUGAACGACAUGGGCAAGUGUUUUCCGCCGCCUCCAAGCUCUGUGCGUCUCAAAACCGCGCUCGAUCGCUUGGCGCAAGAAUUGUCUGCUUCUACCAGGUCUAGUCCUGCACAGGAUCUAGACACGACGCCUGCAAUGCCCCGGCGAGCGAAGCAGCGCCAGCCACACACAUUGCGCGGAUGAUCAAGUCAAAUGUGACUGCAAUCGAGGAAUCAAAUAUAUAAUGUCGACAACAACUACACUUGUGGAACGUGUGUACUCUUUACUUCACGAGGUCGUGGGAAUGUCAACGUGAAACACAUCGCGCAGCAUUUGGAGGCAGUGGCGGAGCUCGCCCACAGACAAAUACAGAUCGCUGCAAUACGCGUCCAUGCUGUCGUACGUGAUGCACCCGGAAGAGUCUACAUCAAAGCACCGGGCAAAGUCCUUGAACACGUCUUCGGCUUGCACGAGCCCGAGAAGCACGGACGGAUGGCUGGGGGCAUCGUACGCUUUGGCCAGCACCAAUGGCGUGCAGUCGCCCUUGGCCUCAACUUGGAGGUGGGCAAACACUCUUUUGGCCAUUUUGAUGAGUUGGUCAUCCUUCGGCAUGGCCAGACACUUCCAGAACCCCGACGUCGAUGCACGAGCGCUCGAUACAUCUUCGCCUCGCAACGGACAUCGCUGGCGCACGUCGUCCACCAAUUUCUGGAUAAUGUCCGUUGGCAACUUGACUUGGGCAGAUUCGGCUAAUGCGGCUUGGACUUGCGCAGUCCCGAUGGUUUUGCCAUACUGCACGAUGCUUCGACGAACUUGAACAAUCGUUGCGAGCCCCUUGGAUCGCAAAACCUGACGCAGUGCCCCCCACAACCCAUCCAUUUGCGCCACACUCGAGUUGGAAGUUGUCACCACACCGCAGCUAUUGCUUGGGCGACGUACGGCAGCGUCGGCAGCACGUUGCAUAGCUUGCAACGGAACAACCUUGGCUUCCGUCUGGCGAGCGGGGGGCUGCGCUGACUUCGGUAGAUCUGUCAUGUAGUUCAAGCAUGCCGUCACAUUGACGGAGUUGAGAGUUUUGAUUGUCCCUGGUUGGUUCAUGUACGACUUGAUCUGGCGCUCGAGUCGUUCGGGCACUUCGGACGCCUGAACCCCCAGGUCGUUUUCAACCUCCACAACGUGGGACUCGUUGACGAGCACGCGGCGGUUGGUCGAAUUUGCGCACCACCCUUUGCCGCCCGUGAUGUGCCACGCAUUGCGCAUCAUGAGCUCAAAGUAGUCGUCGUCGUCGAUGCUGGCGCUAACGUUUGCGUAGUAGUGUUCCCACAUGUCGGGCGUCACCUUGGCAUCGUGAUGGCCAUCCACAUCGAACGUGUCGAGAAAUUCGCGAAACACCUGAUCGGGGGUUUUUCGCCCCGCGAUCACUUCGGGGUGCUUGGACGCGUCGUACGCCUCUACAAUGUCGCUUGGCUCGAGGACGCCGUUGCCGUCCUUGUCCAUACGGGCAAACGCUUCACGGACAAACCCGAGGCGGCGCGCGUUCAUCGGGCCCCGCAGCCCCGUCACAAACUCUUGGAUCUCUAGGGUCCCGUUGUGGUCCACGUCAAAGUAGUUGAAUAAAAUACGCGCGUCGACGUCCUCGAGGCCAAAUCCAGCCAUGGCUUGCUUGAAUUCCGACAUACUCAAAUGACCAUUUGCGUCCGAGUCCAUCCGUUUGAACGCUCGGCUGAGCCCAAUAAAGCCAUGCUGGGAGGAUUUUAGGUACGCGCGGAGACGCGUCAGGAUGGGUUGGACUCCGACUGUCGCAAACGUUUGUUGGUUGGGGGGGAUACUUGCAUUGCUCGAGUAGGUCGAGGCUGCUACGCCGGUCGCCAGAUAGCCACCACCACCGAGUCGCUUCCCCGGCUUGAUUGCCGUGGAUGAUGCUGCUGGUGCCAUCGUCAGGCAGGUGGCCGUCCCGUCGCUGCAAUUGUUGCGAAGGCGCCCCGGACGCUUCACGUUGACAGAGGUGGUGCGCACCGAAUGGUCGAGAACUUCAUAGAACGAUACCUUGGUAUUGCUUGGCACGGUGUGAAACCCUUGUUUCCCGAGCUGCGCCUGGAUUUGUUCAUACCGCAACACGCCCAAGUCGUUUUGGAUCUCGGCGACCUGGGAUUCGUUGACCAGAACACGGCGGUUGGUCGAGUUGGCUGUCCACCCUUCGCCGCCUGAC